AUGACCAUGAGCUUCAGUUCGGAAGGUGUCAUCGACUCUAAUCCAAUCACAUCAUCAACCAAUUCAACCAUCACUGAACAGAAUGCUAAAACCAUCAUCACAGGAACUCUUGCUUCAACUUUUCGACAAUGUAUCGUAGAACCAAUCCUCAACCAAACGACUCCAACACAUUCAAUCCAUAACCCUCAUCUGAUCGGUGUAUUACCUACCUUCAUCACCGCUACUAUCCUUGGUGGUUCGAUCAAUGGUUUCCUACGUGGUCGUCACACUAUCCUUCGAAGCUCAAUAACUACUUCAUUGGUCUGUAGCUCAAUACACAUCAUCAUGAAUGAAAUCAACUUACUUCGAAUCAGACUCUUGUCCUCAAAUUCGUCAUCUCAAACCGAUUGGUCCACCAAUUCCAACAUUUCAAAAACUGAUGAAAACUCUUCAAGAGAUCGAUCUAGGUUUUGGGAACGUUGGAUUCCACUACAACGGAUACCAGAUGAAGUCUGGCGUAAAAGGUUAAGUGAAGAUUUGGAUUUCAUCGAAAGUCGCCGUCGAUUAGUGUCAGAAGAGAUUGUUCUUAUUGAAAAUGCUCUGAAAGCCAAAGAAAACACAAAGUCAUGA